AUGGCUAAUCAAGUUAUUUACGAUGUUGUUCAAACGGGAUAUUUGACUGAUAAAAAACAUUUGGCUAGUCGGGGCGUGGCAACGUGUGUGAUACUUGCUGUUUACCAUAGAAUUAACGGUCAGUCACAAAUAUUAUUGCGAUAUUUAUCGGAUGAACAGAUGCCACAACUGAAUAAUUUGAACACUUCAUUGUUGGAGUUAAUUGAAGAGACAAUUGCUGAAUUAAUCUAUGAAGACAACGUCCUCGAAUUUAAUCACAUUAUAUUCGCUGGCGGUGCCAUAUCUGACAUAAAUGGGAUGGUAGAGGUCGAAAUUUUAAAUAUGGUCGAUAAUCCACUGAUUCAGCCAAGUGCUGAUGGUCUCGAUAGUGGAAUUACAAUGAAAGGCUUACAUGAUUUUCUCCGGUGUGUUAAAUUCGUGACACGACAUUACCGCGAACGACGUUACCGCGAACGACAUUACCGCGAAUACAAAAAACGACAUUACAGUGAACGACAUUACCGCGAAGACUCGUUUAUUGGAAAAGAAGAAUAA